UGUAUAUUCAAUUUCACAUAGCAUAGCUGGGUGGAGAAAUCGUGAUAAUUUUAAUUAAAACAAACAUGGCGACAUACGACAAACUGAGAAGAGGAUAUCGCGUAUUUAUCGGAGAUAUUGGCAAUGAUAUUAGUAUUUUCGACUUGGAUAAUGAAUUAAAAUUUUUAGGUUUAGAUAAUCUUCGCGAUAUGUGGAUUAUAAGACGCCCUCCCGGAUUUGCUUUCCUUGUUUAUAAAAAAGCGAGAGACGCUGAGGAGCUGGUGCAGAAAUUGGACGGAAAGGUUUUAUGCGGCAAACGAGUACGUGUAGAGCACGCCAAACCCGACGGAAAGCGUGGACCGAGAAGGAAGAGGGUUAAAACUCAUAAAAAGUCUUAG